UUCUGCUACCGCGCUUAUUGUAAGAUUCAAAGUAGGUUAGGAGUUUGCUUCGGAAACUCCAGACCGCCCUAUUCAUUUUCCCUCCCCAUUUCAAUUCAAUUUGUGAUUCAGAAACUCUCUUUCUCACUCACACUCGCACACCGAGAGAGAGAGAGAGAGAGAGAGAGAAUGGUAAUAAUAUAGAUUCAGGUCCGUCGAACAAUUUCAGAAGAGAAGUGUAUUAAGGUUCGAAGUGGAAAAUGGAAGGUUUUGUGUUUCGUGGUUCGGAGAAUGCUGUGUCAGCCGGAGAAAUUAUAUGGUCUUGGGGGUAGUAGUUGUUGAUUGGUUUUACAUUUCUGGAUGGGAACUCUAGAUAAACUUAAAGGUGAAAAAACAACGAUGCCAUGUCCUGGAAGUGUGGCAAGGCGAAAGCUUGCAGACAUUAGCAACAUGCCACAAAAGUAUAGGCCCUCAUUUCAAGAUGAUAAACCACAAUCUACUUCAAGAACUACUAAAGAGUAUAUUGACCAGCUCCAAAAGGAACACUUGGCUCUAGUAACGAUGCUGGCACAGAGAAACAAAAUCAUUGAACAGAGUGGGAUUGAGUUAGACAGACUGCGAGUAAACCUGCUUAAAAUGCAGGAACAGAAUCAACAACUUGCCCUGUCCAACACCCAAAUGCUUGCGGAAAUAAAUUCAGGUAAAGAUCGGUUGAGAGCAUUACAACAUGAGCUUGGAUGCAAAAAUGGUUUGCUAAAAGCAAGGCAGUUGGAGCUUGAGGAAAAAGCAAGAACGAAACCUUGCCAAGAUGUUGAUACUGAGGUGAAUUUGAUCAAAUAUGAAGAACUAGGUGAGAUUUUGAAAGAAGAUAGAGGAGAUAAAGAACCUCGAAAUUCAAGGAAGAGGGCACAAUCAUACUGUUCGUCCGAACAAGUUCAAUCUAAGGAUAAGGCUGAAAAGAAAAGGUCCUCUGUGAGGAGGCAAUCUGCCAGGUUUAAAGCUGAAGAAAAAGAGCCGGCUGAGGAUUUGUUCGAGAUACGUGAUGCCAGAUUUCCAGUAUGUUCGUUGUCCGAUGAUCCAGUCCUGGAAAAUAGUUCAAUUUCAGUAAGUGGAGCAGUAAACAAUGAAGUUGAGGAAUGCAUUUCUGCGCCAAUAUAUGAACCUCAACAGUUUGGAAGAUCUUCUCUUUGCAGGCCAUCACGCCAAGCAGCCAAAAAGGUCCAAUCUUACAAGGAAAUCCCACUAAAUGUUAAAAUGCGCAGAACUUAGUAGUAAUACUUUUGUAAUUACAAUUGAGACAUAAUGGUAGUGGGGGCCAAUCGCAUUAUCAUCCUUUUAACCAGACAUGGCUUUUUUAAUAUCAACUGUACUGACCAGUGCAAUCAGAAGGUGCUUUUCUCAAUUUUGUAUGUCAUGCAAAAAUGUUCUGAAUGAAAUGUACAAUCUUAGCUUAACUACUUCAUUUUACAUUA